CGCACUUUUCCUUACAGCAACACUUCCGGUUUGUGAUGACUGUUAAUACAAAAAGAUCUAGAAUCAUCAGAAGCCGGAGACAGGAGCAAUAAGGAGAGUUUGUUCUCAGAUUCACAGAAAUCAUCAGUGUAUAAUGGCGUCUUAUUUUGAUGAGCAUGAUUGCGAACCUUUAAAAGAUGGAGAACAACCUAAUCACAUGUUACACAUGGCAAGACUUCUCCUGGACAGUGGAAUGGCAGCUGAAUGGGAUUUAGAAUAUGGCAGGGUUUUUGGAGGAGAGGGAAAAAUUCCACCUGCUUCAAAGAAAGUUGUAGAAUCACUACCUACUCAUCUUGUAACACCUGCAGAGGCGGCCCUGGAGAAGAAAUGUCCUGUUUGUCUGGGUCUGUUUGAUGAGGAGGAUGAACUUCGAGAAAUGCCAUGUGGCCACAAGUUCCACUCCAAAUGUAUACUGCCCUGGCUGGAGAAGGUGAACAGCUGUCCUCUGUGUCGUCAUGAAUUACCUACCGAUGAUCCUGAUUAUGAAGCAUACAAAAAACACAAAGCUAGAGCAAAACAAAGAGAAUACGAAGUGGAAGAGCUGCACAAUUCCAUGUUCGGAUGAUAUGGUCACUAUAAAGAAAAUGAGAACUGAAACUAAAGACAACAUAAUCAGAAAUCAUUUCAUUGAAAUUUUGAUUUGUACAGAAUUCACCUUGGAAAGUGAAGAGUCUUGGCGAACUAGACAAUAUUUCCUGGAUGAAAACUUGAGAAUGUCUGGUUCUGCCUCGUUUUGCACUCACAUUGUACUACAGACAGGAAUAAGGCCUCAUCUGUGAUGUACCUGAGGAAACAUUCAUAUUUAGUGCUGGUCACUUCCUCUCAGGGAAAGAUGAUUACUCUGAUAAAUGUCAUCACGUAAUGCUGGAGAAGAUAAUUAACUUACAAUCCAGCAGAAAGUGUGUUUGAUUGGUGGCAAUGUCAUAUUAUACUAAAUCUUCACACUCUGGCAAUAAAGUUUGUUGUUAAUUUUA